CCACUUGAAAUGAACAAUCAAACAGAUGUCACUGAACUCAUCUUCUUGGGAUUUUCCAACCACCCCAGUCUACAGGGCUUGUUCUUCCUGGUCUUCUUGGUCAUUUACCUGACAACUCUUCUCGGAAACGUGCUCAUAAUAAUGGCCACCAGGAUCAGUUCUGCUCUCCACACCCCAAUGUAUUAUUUCCUCAGCAACCUGAGUUUCUUGGACAUCUGCUACACGUCCACUACUAUUCCAGUCACGCUGGUGAACUUCUUCCGGGAGAAGAAGACCAUCUCCUACAGGGGCUGCCUCUCCCAGAUUUUCUUCCUUGUGACAGGUGCUGGCACUGAAUGUGUCUUAUUGGCUGCUAUGGCUUAUGACCGCUAUGUAGCCAUUUGCCACCCUCUUCAAUACCCAGUCCUCAUGGGUGUGAAGGUCUGUGUUUGUUUGGUGACAGGGUCCUGGCUAUGUGGGUUGGUGAAUUCUGUGACACACACAGUGCUGGCAGCCACACUCACUCUGUGCGGGCCCAAUCACAUCAGCCACUUUCUCUGUGAUGUCCCAUUGCUUCUGAAGCUCUCCUGUUCAGACACCUCUCUCAAUGAGUUUGUGCUCCAUGUGGCCAGUGCCACCAUUGGCCUGAGCCCCUGCUUAUUAACUGCAGUGUCUUACAUACUCAUCAUCUCUGCCAUCCUUAGGAUUCCCUCUGCUCAGGGCAGGAGCAAGGCCUUCUCUACCUGUGCAUCCCACCUCACUGUGGUGAUAGUCUUUUAUGGAACAGCCAACUUCAACUAUGACAGACCCAGAGAAGGCUACUCCCUGGACAUGGACAUCCUAGUCUCUGUGCUCUUCUGUGUUAUAACCCCCAUGUUAAACCCCAUCAUCUACAGUCUGAGAAACAAAGAGGUCAAAUAUGCCUUGAGAAAGCUGACUGCAGGGUAUGUAUUCUCUGGAAAUAGUAGUGUCUAA